AAUGGCUAUACUCGUGGUAUAAUUCCAAAUGUAGGAACAAUUGACUUCCUGAGGUUUUUUUUAACAAUUUUAAAUUUUGAAUAGUUUGUACCGAAAGUGCUAAUAAUUAUAUAGUGUAUUUAGAAUAUUAAGAAUAAAACGCACAAUAGAACCGAAAAUAAGUUAAACCUAUGUCCACAAGUAAUGAGAAAAAGCCUGCCUCAAAAAUGCCAGCUGUCAACAAUGCGGUUCCUUCUGUUACUCCCAUUGAGGGGAAUGUUAAACGUGAAAACAGCUCUCCCAUAGUGAAUGGAAUCACUAAAUUAUCCUCACUGACUCCGGCCAGGGACUUGACUUUGGGCGGCAGGGGAAGCUCCACAGCGGCCAAAAAAGUAUUUCUGCCAAAUCUCAACGUGGUUAGAAACAAGAAUACCAAUGUUAAAACCUCGAAAGAUACCACACAAAUGCGUGGUCGUGGCCGGGGGCGUGGUGCAGACAGAGGUGCUGGUAGGGGCGGAAGUCGUGGCGGAAGAGGUGGUGCUUCAAAUUUGAUACAGACUGCGGGCGUUUUCUCUGAAGGAGCUGGAGCUGUGAACAUACGCAAAACAACAAAUUCGUCAGGAUACUCCAGAGAUGUGGAUGACUCACCAUCAGCCAUGCGUAAACCCACCAUAUUUAAAACAGAAAAGAAAAUGGAUUUAAAGGCUGAAUUAGCUAGAGAUAAAGAUAUACUAAGAGGCCUAGAUGAUGAUGAGGAAGAAGAUGAUGAACAAAAGACUGAUAUGGAUAGAAUACCUGUGCUACUGAAUGAGGCCAAAUGGAAGUACAUAAAACCCGAAAUAAAAACCGAAGUCUCUAACACCCAAUCAUCCUUAUCAAGUGAAGAUGCUGUGGCCAUAGCAUCACAAAUCCAGUCAAUGCACGUUGCCCAGCAACAAAAUCGCCCAUUGCCUCGUUAUCCCCAGUCAUUGGACGAACUUUUAAAUAAUACAUCAGAUUCCAAAAUAUUCCUAAUGCAGCUGCCUGAUACUUUACCAUGUGUAGAUGAUGACAAUGAUUCGCCAGAGAUAACAAAAUCUCCUAAUGAAGAUCCUAAAGCACCUGCACCCGCCAUUGAAAAUCAGAAAAAAACUGUCAAAGAACAUAUUCUUAAGAAAAUGGAAGAGGGUCAAGUGGGGCGUUUGAUACGCUAUAAAUCCGGUAAAACGAAACUAGUUUUAGGAGAAACACAAUUUGACUUGGACAUUGGCAUGGAAACUGGUUUUCUACAGGAUUUAAUGUCAAUCAGCUGUAAUCGAGAGGAACGAAGCGGUAAUAUGAUUAAUUUAGGACCCAUACAAGCCAAAAUCACAGCCACUCCUGACUGGGAACAUUUACUAAAACAGCCUCUAUCGGAUGGUAAACUAUAGCACAUGCUAUCUGUAUGUUGUGCUCUUAUUGGCAUGUUUAUUUGUUUCCUUAAACAAUUCGUCGUGUAUAUAAAAACGAAAAUACGUUUUAGUAAUGAUUUUUGUUAUUGGCCUUUUAUUCUAAAGAGCUCUGAAAUUAUUCUGCAUUUUUCCACAUCAUCUUCAAAAGAAAAAUAAAACAAAUGAUUAGCUAUGUUAGAGACUCCACUGAUGUAACAAUAAAAAUACAGCUGAGACUUAAAAUAAA